AUGGCUUCCGUCCCUGGAGCUCAAUCUCUCCCCCUGCUCCUCUUCUUCCUCCUCCUGGUUGCUUCUUUCUCCCGCUUUCCAUGCUCAGCUGAUGCGGUGACCGGGCCGACGGCGUCGAUGAAUCCGGUGUCGGCGGUGCCGGGGCUGCGGCCCGUGCUGAUCGACGAGGCCAAACGGCGCCGACUCGGUAACUUCCAGAUAUGUGCCCUCUGCACCUGCUGUGGAGGCCCCAGGGGUCUCUGCCUCCCGUCUCCCUGCUGCUACACCAUCAACUGCAACAUCCCCAACAGGCCCUUCGGCUUCUGCUCCUUCACCCCUAGGACAUGCAACUGCUUUGGGUGCCACCUCUGA